AAUGAACCACUUCACCACGCCUGCCGAAGAACUCGCCGCACUUCUCUUUCGUGGCGCGCCAACAUCGGAGGGCUCAGCUGUUGUCCUUGACUCGAAGGCGAGGGAAGACUUAAGCGAUUUGGCCCACAGUCUGGCUACCCUUAUUUCCUGCGACAGCUCAGGCGAUGCUCCAUCCCGACCUUCGACUCAUGCCACCACGACGACAUCUGCGGCCGCUGGCUACGAUGCCACACCAUCGUGUGAAGCACCUCGCGUAGCCUUGGAUUCGCAACCUCUCGUUCUGUCGACCGCGCCUGCUGUUCCUGUAAACGAAGGUCUUUCGAUGUAUCCGGCUACUAGCUCCUACUACCGCGCUCACACCUAUAGCUACGACAUAUCCCUUCCUUCCACCCAUCACGCUGCACAAUUCCCUUCGCAAGCGACUGGAUUUAUGACACCGACACGCUACGCCUCAGUGCCGUUCACGUUCGAGAUGGCUGGCCCAUUUGUGUCUCAACCGCUUCCACCUCCUCCUUCGAAUUCCUCGGCAACUGAGGAAGAAGACGAACCGCCCACGAAGAAGCCACGCCUGAGUCCGCUUACUUCUGACGAGAUCUACAAGGCAGAUGGUCGAUACCACUGCAGGCUCUGUGAAGCGCGUCAAGGUGCGCAUACCACGAGCCGGUAUGGUGACAUGUAUCGCACAUCCGUGAAUCAGGAAGACACGGUGGCGAGCUCGGAGGGGUCUGGUGUACGGAGGAAUUUGAGUGCUUUUGCACGACGCCGGUCAAGAGAAGGCGCGAUUCCACCAAGCGCCACGCGUUA